AAAACAACAUAACAUUACUUUUGCGGUGAAGUUACAUGCAUUUCGUUUUAGCAUAAAACUAUCUUAAAUUGAUUUUUAAAAAUGGCAAGCAAGUAUGACUCGUUGUUAGUAGAGAGACACCUACAGAAGGCUUUGGAACACGCGAUAGACAUUGCAAGCCCUCGAAUCAACCUGGAACGCAAGAAGAUGUUCAAGAUAAUGAAUGGAGAUUGUUUCUAUCCGAUGACUUACUGGCCACUCGAUAUUCAAAUUAUAUUCUGGAACUAUGUCACCUCAGACCUGGAAAUUUUCAAACUGACAAUAUUUUUCCUAGGGAAUGGUUGUUCGCCAUUCGUUCUAUUCACAUUCCUCAUUCUAGGGUUCAAAAGAGACCCAUCUAAAUUUAAUAAACAAAUUUAUCAAAUUAAAUGGAUUACAAAAAACUUAGAAUCACAUAACAGCAGAUGGUACUACUUCGACAUUCACUUCAAUCAAAUGAGAUACCUCAACCAACAACCUCUCCCUUACCAGAAAGGAAACCGUGACACUAUUUUUGACGAUAUCUGAAAGACGAAGAGUGGACAUGAAUCUUUAUAAACAAUACAUUUAACGAAAUAAUAUAUCACGAACCUGUAAUUUUUAAGACGAUUUAGAUGCUUAUUUAAAUAUGUAAAUAUCAAAAUAUGCUAAUACUGACUCAUUUAUAUACUAAAUAAUUCUCAUUUAUAAUGCUACUCAUCACAGGAUAACAUAACACGUGUUGCUAAGCAUAUAACACACUACUGUAUUUAUUAACAAUCAUUGUUUUAUGCAUACACAUUACAUUUCUUCCCCUGCCAACAUCUCCUAUAUAAGUAUCUUGUGUAAGCAUCCAUAUGUAAUUAUUAACUAUUAUCCACAUUUGUACUCAUACCAAAAUACCACUAUUUUGGCACUCACAAAACAAAUGACAGCCAUACCAAUAAUUGCCAUACCACUUAUAUAUAGUACAGAAACAAUAAAAUACAUGCAAUACAAAAAUGAUACACGCUAUUACUUACCUUUAGGACAACGAACGAAAAUCCACUCCAUCAAAUGAGAGAAGAGCAAUUGGUCCAUUCAGCAUGAGAACCCUUUUUCCACCGGGCAAAAACUUUUGACAUAACUGGGACUUUAAACGAUGGGUGGACACCGAAAAGGUAAGAAUGCUUACAGCACUGACUGACAAAAUGAUAACAAACAUAUCCGACCACGCACUGACAAAUGAAGAAAAGGAAACACUUGGAAAAGGACUGAAAUUUAUACCCAACUUACAGAAAGUAGGAAGAGAAGUAUACGAGGCUAGUGUGGAGAAAUUUAAAAGAAAACUCGACUCAAGAUGUUCUUCAAGGAUAGAAAGGAGCAGAAGAGAUCCGUAUUCUACAAGAAAUCCAGCUAGGUACCUCGAGAAACAGAGAAUGAAAACAUACUUGAAUAUUUUGGCAAGAUAGACAAAGAUCUAGAAGAGAUAUGGAACAGAGAGAUACAAAGAAAAAGAAACAAUUUGAAACCAGAGGUAUGGCAGGCACUGAAAAACCUACAAAACAUCCGAGACAUUGUUAUCAAAAAAACUGACAAGAGAGGAGGGCUCUGCAUCAUGAACAAAACAACCUACGAAGAGAAAGUGAGUGAACUACUAAUGGAAAGAACAGUAUACAGAGAGCUCCAGACUGACCAAACAAAUAAGAUUGUGAGAGGAAUACUGACAUGUCAAACUACAUGCUUAAACUUCACAAAAUUAACGAACAGACUGCAGAGUUUCACCUUCCCCACAAACCAUGUAGACCACCACUAUUUUACGGACUUCCAAAAAUUCAUAAACCUAACAUUCCACUACGACCAAUAGUCAGCGCAUGCAGCGGACCUAGGGACAACCUAUCAGAAUACCUGACAAAACUCAUACAACCACUGGUCGAAUCACUACCAGCCUACAUUAAAGACAGUAUACACUUUCUCAACAUGUUACAAAAUAUACAACUUCAAUCUUCAGAAUUCAUCUUUGUGAUGGCUGACGUGACAUCACUCUACACCAACAUCCCACACAGAGAUGGCAUAGACGCAGUAGUACAUUAUUUGAGGCUCAUACCAUUACAAGAUAGACCACCUGACUGCCCAUCACCAGGUAUCAUAGGCAACCUAAUAGAAGAAAUACUAUCAAACAGUACUUUCUCCUUUGGUGACAAACACUACCAUCAACUGACAGGCACAUUAAUGGGCACACAGGUGGCGCCAUGCUAUGCAAAUUUAUUCAUGGGAAGGUUUGACGAACAAAUCACUAAACAAUUUCCGAACCACAUUACUUUCUACAGAAGAUUCAUUGACGACAUAUUCUUCAUUUUUCAAGGACCCAUAGAAGUGUUAGAUCAGAUCUGCAACUACAUGAACACCAUCCAUCCAACAAUCAAAUUCACUUUUAAUCACUCAGCAACAUCAAUAAACUUUCUAGACAUAUUACUGUACAAAAAUGAACAAGGCAACAUUCACACGACCAUCUAUCGAAAACCAACUGACACAAUGGGACUACUUCACUAUGACUCACAUCAUCCCGCACACACCAUUCCGGGCACCAUAUACAGCCAAGCUCUCAGAUACUGCACUAUCAUUACAGAAAGAACUUAAAUACUUAACUAUAACACUAGUACAAAAAGACUAUCCUCUGCACAUCAUCAACAAUAACAUUAAGAAAGCGCUUCAUAAAACAUAAACUUAUCAACAACAGGUGCGCGCAGAAAAAUACAGAAAGACUAACAAUAGUUACUCCAUAUACUCCCAUUGGACAACAAAUCAACAGCAUUAUUCUUAACAACUGGAACAUGAUUGACCCUAACUUACAACUACAGGACGUAUUUCCACACAAACCACUAUCAAUACAUACAAACUUAAAAUCUAUUAAAGACUUACUAAUACACACUAAACACCAACAAUAACAACUGCACAAAAGAAUAUUAGCUUUUAUUUCAACCUCUCUAUCAACAACAUCAUCUAAAUCAAAACUUCUUAGGAACAAAAAUUCUGGUUCAUCAAGACUCUACAAACUAACGCAAAUUUAUCAUUGGUAUUUUUGGCCUUGCUCUCCUCAGUCUGUUAUUCAGCAUAAAAGCCAUUUCUAAAACCACAUGCUAAUCUGUUUGAACUCUGUGAUACAGAGCGGUGAGUUUAAAAUUCAAUUUAUUUACAUUUUUUGGAUAUUUAGGCGGAUUUCUUAUCAAUCUUGACAUUCCCUGUAUAUCUUUGUUUAUUUAUAAUUCUAAAUUUAACUUUUAUAUAACAACGACAAGUUAAUAUUCAUCAUCAAGAACAUCUUACAUCUUCGUCAUGAUUUAAACCCAAAAGAUAAUAUUUACUUUCAAAAUCUUUUAUUCUAUACACAAUUAUAUCUAUAGACAAAGUAUAUGUACCAAUAUUUGUUUAUAAGGGGACAAAUGUCUAUGUUUUUUCUUAAUUAGCUACAUGCUACUAAGUUUUUAACUGUAGUAACAGUUUAUAAGUAUGUACCAAUAUGACUAUCACUUUAUGUUGUAUGUCUAUGGUACAGAAUGAAUGUCAUAAGAUAUCUGUGUGAAUAUUUACACUGGCAUUCCUAAACAGAUACACAAAGACCCUGGUCAAUAAUGACCAAGAAAAGAACAUACUAAGUCUAAGACAUACCACCCUAUUACAAAAUACUGGUGUUUUACAAACUUUGAGCACGUGCUCUAUUUUAGCAAAGUAGUGUCCACAGGGUGUCGACCAUUGGUCAGCCGCCAGACCUUCAAAACUCCCUGAUGACAACUAAUGGUCCUGAUGAGAAUGUCAUCUUGACACUACAUGGAUAAUUGGAUAUUAGAACACCUAUAUUUUAAUCAUUUACAUUUCAAUACAAUUAUGCUUAUCAUUCUAAUAUUUAUACUUGUAUUUCUAGAAGCUAUAUUUGUUGAUUUAUGCCUAUAAGGUUAUACUUUAUUCAGAUUAGGUCAUCAAAACAUUACUCUAACACCUAUUCAACACGAAAAAUGUGUGAAAUAGCUAUUGUAAUGUAUUUAAUACAUAUAAAUGAUUUAGGGAUACUUGGGAGAAUAUAGGUAUAUAUAAUCAUAAGGAUAUAUAUAUAUAUAUGUGAGCAUACACAUGUGUGAGUACAUACAUACUCAUAUGUGUUUGUAUUAGUACACAUAUAAUCAAGUCUAUCAGUGUGUGUAUAUGUAUUUAUAUAUGUGCUAUAAUGUAUUUGUAUGUAUAUUUGUAUUUUCUUCAAUGUAUUUGCAUUUGAUAUGUAUUUGUAUAUAUGCUUUAAUAUAAUACUGCUAGAAUCAUACAUAAUAUUUAAUAUACAAUUCCGGUAAAAUACAAUAAAAGUACCACAUCUAAUAUUCUUUCAAUAUUCACUGCAUCUUUUUACUAUGUAUAUUUAUCAUUUUUAUGACGCUAACAACACCGAACAAAUAUUGAUGAAAUGAAUCAUUCUACUCCAAAUAUUACCACUGCUAUUCAUCAGUCAGACCAAAUACUAACAGUUCAGCUAACCAUAACCAUUACAAUAACUGACUUCUACUGUCACCAUACAUGCUCUAAAAUUUUGACUAUCAUCUACAAUUUACUCUAACAAUCCUGUCAGGGUUAUUAUAAUAAUAUCUUAACCAUCUGAUAUCUACUUAAAAAACGAAUAAUUCUACACCAGCUCUGUGACAUACAUCUGACAAAUACUUAAAAAACGAAUAACUCUACUCCAGCUCUGUUACAUACAUCAUCUAAUAGCUUAAGACACAAGUCACUAUGAAUAUUAUUAAGCAAAAAACAGGCCAUGAUUUUCAAAAAACAAAUAAUUCUACUCCAUUUUAAAUAUUUCUCGUAACAUCACAGUCACGUGGCUUAUGCGCUGUGAUUCUUUUUACUUAAACAAAAUACCAAACACUUUUUUGAAACCUCAUAUUAACCGGUUAAACUACAAAACUCCAUAUUAUUGUUAUGUAUUAGUGGUAAUUUUUAUAAAGAUUAUUAGUUAAAAAAUUUAUAUAUUAGUUUUUGUUGUUAUGCUGAUGUAAUUCCAGUUUAAUAUUUUAGAUCAUCUAGUUGUAAUAGUUUGUUUACUCUCCAGAAACACGUCAUGACUACUAAAAUUCACGUCUAGCUUACGUUACACCAAUUUAAAGGACAUUAAACUAUUUUUUAUACUGAUAACUCAUACUAUUGAGGCAUGCUACACACGUAAACCACAUUAACUAUUUACAUUACACAUACCUAAAUAUACUCAAAGCAGUUCACAACUCUCAUUGACUCAUGUUAUACUUUGACGAAACACUGUACUUAUGGACACUCAAGUCAAAAAAUUACUAACUAUUGUUUGCAAGUUAUACUGAACCCUACUAAUUGUCCUCUGGUCUCAGUGUCAAUUCAGGAAUCUGUGGCAAUCGUCCUGACUGGAUAAUCUGAGAAUAGUCUUUUUGGGAUAACACAAUGGGAUACCUUAAAAAGAUACCCUGGUGUAGACUCAGAGUGGAACUUCUUUUGGGAUACCAGUCUCGGAUGAAAGCUGGAGGUCUUCAUGUGUUCAUAUUGCACCAUAAGGCACAAAUCCAUACUGUACUUGAGACGUUCAUGACACUUAUAUCUAUAAUGGAUGUUUAUCACCCUAAUAAUACAAACCACAUGGUGACUACUUAUAAAACGAAUAAUUCUACUCCAUUACCAGUUCUACCCACAUGUCACAUUUACGCCAGACACUAAUAACAAUUUAAUAGCACAACUAAUAACUUUCCUCGACUAUUGUUUAGUUUUCUUAUUUAUUUUUUACUACACUUUACUUAUAUCAGUUUUAAAUAUUUUUCCACUUUAAGGCUCUUUGUUUUCCACUGGACAUCUGUCCUUUUGUACUUAUAUCUCACUCUGCUAAACUCUUUUUAACUUAUUAUUUAUCCCUAAGGGGUUUACUGCUCGGUGCAGCUU